AUGGUGAAGGAAACUAUCCGGGUAUAUGCCCGGGUGAAGCCGCUGGGCAGGCGGCAGCAGGCGGGGAUCUAUUCAGUUGAUGAUGAUGAGAAAUCUCUGUCCACUCUGGAGGUUAUUGUGCCACAUGAUUUAGCAGAUGGUGUCGUCAAUAAUAAACGAGAGAGCUACAAGUUCAAAUUUCAGAAAAUUUUUGAUCAAGAGGCAAAACAAGAUGUGGUUUUUGACAGCAUUGCCAAACCAGUAGCAGAAUGUGUUUUGGCAGGAUAUAAUGGUACUAUCUUUGCAUAUGGUCAGACAGGCAGUGGCAAAACUUUCACCAUCACAGGAGGAGCAGAACGUUACAGUGAUCGAGGCAUCAUUCCCAGGACUUUAUCUUAUAUUUUUGAUCAACUGCAGAAGGAUAGCAGUAAAGUGUAUACAACUCAUGUUUCCUACUUAGAGAUCUACAAUGAAUGUGGUUAUGAUCUGCUAGACCCGAGACACGAGGCCUCCAGACUGGAAGAUUUGCCAAAAGUGACAAUAAUGGAAGACCCUGAUCAGAACAUUCACCUGAAAAACUUGUCUCUUCAGGAAGCAGCCAAUGAAGAGGAAGCCUUAAACCUACUCUUCCUUGGAGACACCAAUAGGAUGAUUGCUGAGACUCCAAUGAAUCAAGCCUCAUCCCGAUCUCACUGCAUUUUCACUAUUCACAUCUCUAGCAAGGAACCUGGAUCUGCAACUAUUAGACGCUCCAAGUUACACUUAGUAGACCUUGCUGGAUCAGAGCGUGUUUCAAAGACAGGAGUUGGAGGUCACCUAUUGACAGAAGCCAAAUAUAUCAACCUUUCAUUACAUUAUUUGGAACAGGUAAUAAUUGCCCUUGCAGAGAAAAACCGGUCCCACAUUCCUUAUCGAAACUCUAUGAUGACCUCAGUGCUAAGAGACAGCCUUGGAGGAAACUGCAUGACUACCAUGAUAGCAACACUCUCUAUAGAUAAACGAAACAUAGAUGAAUCUAUAUCAACCUGCAGGUUUGCACAGCGAGUUGCUCUAAUCAAGAAUGAAGCAGUUCUUAAUGAAGAAAUUGACCCCAGAUUGAUUAUUGUCCAACUGAAAAAAGAGAUUCAGGAGCUGAAGGAUGAGCUUGCGCUGGUGACUGGCAAACAAAGAACAUCAGAACUUUCACAGGAAGAGCUACUUCAGUUGGAUGAGUUGAUUGGAACAUUUCUUAAAGAUAAUGAUCCUGAUAGCACUUUGGAUGUUGGUGCUGACAUGCGCAAGAUCAAGUAUUGCUUUGCUCAUAUGAAGGAACUAAUAAAUCAGUCAAAGAUUUCUGAUAGAAAAUGUCUCUCACAACACACCUCUGAAGAAAAAGACACCAACAAAGAAGCAGAAGAACUGAAAAAAAUGAAAGAACUUCUACAGCAAAGAGACAAUGAAAUCAGUAUCCUUUGUGAGAAAAAAAAAUUGGUUUUAAGCUGGUUCAGGAAGGGAAAAAGAGAAAAUAUAUCACUUGGAUGUCACGAAGCAUUUGAAAUUUUCAAGCGGUACCAUGCUGACAGUGUAACCACUGAGGACAACAAACAGCUUCUAAAACAGAGGUUUGCUGAAGCUAAAUGCCUUGGAGAAAAAUUGAAUGAAGUAAGAAAUAAAAUAAACAAUCUGAAAGGGAAGAUAAACCAGAGGCGCAUUCAGAAGGCAGCUCUAGGUAAGAGUAAAACUCCUUCAGAAGAGUUAAAUAUGCUUGAUCCAGUAGAAGAGAAACUUAGAACGCAAAUUGAAGAAGAAAAAAAAAGUUAUAGAACAAUGUUCAGUCACUUGAAAGGGCUGAAAGUAGAGAUUGAGCACCUGCAACUUCUUAUGGGAAAAGCAAAGAUGAAACUGCAAAAAGACUUUGAAGUCUGGUGGUCUGAAGAGGCAAGAAAUCUACAGGAAAAGCCAGAGAUGGUUAGCUCACCACAUACCACAACUGUUCAUCCCCAGUUCAUCAAAUCCUCACAGCAUCUAUCGACUAAAAGUUUUUCAGAAACCACAAGUGUCAGUCCUAAUGAAGAUCCAGCUAGGAAAAACAAUUCAAUCACUUCUAAUAACCCAACUUUAAAAACAAGGUCAGAAGCACACCUGGGCUAUUCAGAGGAAGAAGCAAAAAAGAUCCCACAAAGUUCAAGUGCCUCUAUUCCUCUGACUGGAGACAGCCAGGCUGAUGCUGACAUCCUUGCUUUCAUUAAAGCAAGACAGAACAUCCUGCAAAAGAAAGGCUUGGGGAACAAAUGAAAUUCUUGCUACAGUUCACUAUUUCCUUUUAGAAACAGUUAAAGACAUUUAUUCUUUCCCUUACUCCUCUGCUUAGAAACAGGUAGGAAUGAGUACUUUGGAUGUACAGGUUUAAUUACUAAAGCUGUAGAAAUUAUUUUUCUUUGACAGCAAAAUCAAUUUCUCUGGAGAAUGAUAUUUGAAUAUUUGCACUCAGUAUUUUCAGCUUGCAUUGAGAUUAAGCAAAACUAAUGCAACCUAUCAGGAGUUUGUGAAAUAUGUUUGUUUAUUAAAAAUUCACUGUGUGUGCUCUAAAUGUUAAAAUUAUUUCAUGUAUUAAUGCUUCUAUAUUUUUAAUCUGGAAAACACUUAUUACUGCUGGUAGUUUUGCUUACAUCAAUUUGCAUAAGGC